AGCCGCGGCGCCGAGUCAUGGCGGAGCUGGCUGUGUUGAGGGAAAGCAGUUGAAGUGUUACGAUACUUUGGAGUAGUUAAAGGAGUGCAAAUAACGUCUUCCGAACAACAAAACCGAGAAGAAUGCAUUGUAAACGAACUUCGAGACGUUUCUCUCCGAAGGUAUGCGAAUGGUUGGACUUUCUGACGCUGGAUUAAUGGAUUUCAGUUUCUUAGUGAAGUCAACAGCUUUAUGCAACAAAUAUGGCUACUUGUGUCUCCUUCAAUUUGAGAUGAAAAGCAACUUAGUCCGGUUGUUCGAAACAAUGUUGCCAACGCCACUUUCUUUGAAGUGACCAUUCGGAACUACUUUUUCUCUCAACCAUUGCGUUUUGAGAAUUUUAUCUGCUUUGCUGGCGGAUCAAGCGCCGAACUUCGCUAGCAGAAAUGGAGCCGAAACACAAAGAGUUGCUAGAUCAGUACCACCAAAACUUGCUGGAGUCCAUUACAGAUGUCGAGAGGUUCGUGGAGUGUUUGGCCCAGUCAGGUACACUAACCCAGGUGGAGCGGUUCGAGUUGGAAAACAACUGCUCGACCAGCUCGGAAAAAGUUGAUCUUCUACUCAAGAUGCUGUUGAGCAAGGAGCGAGACCACUUUCAGGACUUCUGUUUGGCCCUCGAGAAGACUCAUCCACACCUGUAUUCGACUCUCGUCGUAAACGGUGGAGGAGCAAUGGACCAUUCUGGCUCCACAUACAGCGUCCUGUCCACCAUGCCCUCCGACUCCGAGAGCAGCAGCUCCCUCAGCAGCAUAGGUACGACGGGCAAAGCCUCCUCGCCGCCCCCUCCGGCCCUGCAGGAGACGCGGCCGGCAGGCGAGCGCCUGGAGGCUGUCCUCUUCCAGCUGCGGCAGGUGACGCGCCAGAGAGACGAGCUCCGCAAACGCCUGGCACUCGCAUCGCCCGGGACCACCUUCGACGACUGCAGGCCCAGCGCGUCUAAGCCGGGCCACGACUACGAGCGUCUGAAGCUGCAGUGCACCAAGGCCAUGGGGGACCUGCAGUCCCUGCAGAACCAGCACACCAAGACCCUGCAACGCUGUGAGGAGGCCGCCAAGGAGGCAGACUUUUACCAUACGCUACACAGCAGAGCGCUGGGUGAGCAGGGUCAGUUGAAGGAGGAGGCUGAGGGCCUGCGGCGAGACUACAGCCAGCUGUUGAGGGAGCACCAGCACCUGCAGCAGGCCUGCGACGAGCUGCGGAGGCUACGCAUGGAGGACCAGAGGGAGGCGGCCGACCUGAGAAUGCUACAUCAACAGAUGAUCCGGGAGAACGGCUCGUCGGACAUCUUGAACAAGCUGUACGACACGGCCAUGGACAAGCUGGAGACGGCGCGCAAGGAGUACGAGGCCCUGCGCAAGCGCUACAACGAGAAGACGGCCAAUCACAACGCCGACCUGAGCCGCCUGGAGCAGGCCGAGGAGGAGAACCGGCGACUCCAGAAGCAGAUAGACGUCCUGCUGAAACACAGAGACUCAGCAGUGCACUACCAGCAGCAGUGCUCCGCGAGCAUGAGGAGGCUGGACGCGCUGCAGGCGGAGCUGUCACAGGCGGCGUCGCGUGGCGCAGAGCUGCAGCGGGAGCUGGAGCGCGUCCAAUCAGAGGCCACGCGGUCGCGCACACUGCAGCUGAAGGCCGGCCAGGAGGCGGAGAAGCUGCGCGAGGAGCGCGACGCCGUGCUGAGCGAGUACCGCCUCGUCAUGAGCGAGCGCGACCAGGUCAUCAAGGAGGUGGACAAGCUGCAGACGGGGCUGGAGACGGCCGAGGCCAAACUGAAGAACAACAGCAGCCAGAGGAGGGUGGCCAGCGAGGAACUGGAGGCGCUCAGACAGGAGCUGGGCUCGGCGUUGGUGGAGCGGGACCGUGCGCUGUGCGAGCGCAACGAGCUGCUGGAGAAGUACUGUUUCGAGGUGAAGGACAAGGCGGAGGCCCAGAAGGAGCUGAGCCAGGCCUGCCGAGACAUGGAGGCCGUCAAGGAGGAGCGCGACGUGGCCCGCAAGGAGAGGACCGAGGCCAUCAUCCAGAGAGACCAGCUGCUCAGGGAGUACUACCAGGCACGACAGAAGCAGGACUCGGCUGCGCUGGACAUGGAGCGGGCCAACAAGGAGCUGGAGAUGCUGCGUAAGCAGUGCGAGGCCAUGAGCCAGGAGCUGCAGGAGGCCUCGCAGGAGGCCGAGGUGGCCAAGUGCAGACGAGACUGGGCCUUCCAGGAGAGAGACAAGAUCGUGGCCGAGAGAGAGAGCAUCAGGACGCUGUGUGACAAUCUGAGGAGGGAGCGGGACCGAGCCGUCAGUGACCUGGCUGACGCACUACGGAACCUUGACGACACCAGGAAACAGAAGAAUGACGCCGCACGGGAACUGAAGGAAUUGAAGGAGAAGAUGGAGGACCAGCUGGAGAAGGAGGCUCGCUUCAGGCAGCUGAUGGCACACAACUCCCACGACUCGGCCAUCGACACCGACUCACUGGAGUGGGAGACAGAGGUGGUGGAGUUUGAGAAGGAUAGGGAUGACAUGGAUCUGAAGGCACUGGGUUUCGAUGUAGCAGAAGGGGUAAAUGAUCCCUUUUUACCGGGAGACUGUGGCAUAUUUGUCACCAAGGUGGACAAAGGAAGUAUUGCUGAUGGAAGAUUGAGAGUGAACGAUUGGUUGUUGAAGAUAAAUGACGUGGACCUGGCCAAUAAGGACCGCAAGCAGGUCAUCAAGGCGGUGCUUAGUGGGGGCGGGGUAAUCAACAUGGUGGUACGCAGGAGGAAGUCGCUCGGCGGUCGACUCGUCACGCCCAUACACCUCAACCUGUCCGGGCAUAAAGACAGUGGUAUUGGCCUGGAGAGUGGUGUGUUUGUGUCAUCUGUAGCCUCCGGCAGCCCUGCAGCCAAGGACGGCUCUCUCACCAUCGGAGACAGACUCAUCGCCAUUAAUGGUAUAGCUCUGGAUAACCGCUCGCUGAGUGAGUGUGAGUCGCUGCUCAGAGAUUGUCGUGACUCUCUCAGUCUCUCCCUUCUGAAGUUCUUACCUCAGAGUCUGUCUGGCCAGAGCCUGUUUGAGGUGGCCCGGGAGAUGGACAAGAGCCCCAGCGGGAAGCAGCUUCACGGGGGCAGCAGCGGCGGCGAAGUGCUGGCUCGCAACUGCCGCAACAACCUGCGCAAUAGCAACUGCAACAGCUCCACGCAGACAGACAUCUACAGCCCCGAGAGCCCUGUGGCGUCCUCUUCAGAGCACCCCAGCCCCCCGCCCUACCAGGACGUCUGCUACCAGCGCCACUUGCUGCCACCGCCGCACCAUCACCACCACCAACAGCAGCACCAGAGUCAGCACCAGGCGCCGCAGCAUCAGCACCACAAGCGGCCACUCACCUUCCAUCCCGGCUCCGUCUCCACGGCGACGGUAGCUGCCGAGUGUGCGGCGGCGGCAGCAGCAGCAGCGGCGGCCAGCGGAGCAGGAGGAGGGGGAGGCGGUUCCGAGAAGGGACACGCCCCCCAGCGGAGCAGCGGCGGCACUUGGCCCCGCGUCCUGGCUGGAGGCGGUGGCCUGUCGCCGGCGAUGUCACCUAUGUCACCCGACGGGACCUCGUCGCCGUCCUCCAUCGUGCCGCCGCUGUCCAUCUUCCGGGUGACGGCCAAGCGGCGCAAGCCCAUCUUCGACGCCGACAUCUUUAAGCGGCCGGAGGCGCCCAGCGCCAAGCUGGACUACGUCUCGCUGUCCAAGGCCCGGCCACAGAGCCCCCCCACCAGGGCGGGAGGGGGAGGGGCCAGCCAAGACUCCCAGCCGGCCACACCACCCACUCCUCCCACACGCAGCGACUCAUUCAAGUACAAGCACAAGCAGCAGGGGAGCUCUGCCUCAGACUCCACGCUCACCACCGGCUCUCCACCUUCCACCCCAUCCCAGUGCCCCCCUCCACCAGUCCCCGGCGGCCCCCAGUCGGAGGGCGGCAGUGGGCCCAGCAUGGGGGAUCCCUCGCGGGGAGGACGUGGUGGAGAGGAGGGGGGUAGAGGUGGAGGUGGAGGUGGAGGGCAGGAGGAGCAGCAGGAGAUGAAGCGGCCCAGGCCCAGCUCCGCGCCGGCCCCGCGCCGACAACUCACACCACUCAAGAUACCCAUACCACUGCAGGCAUACUCCAAAGACGAGCGAUCUCCUGACUCCCUUGGGCCCGUGGACUUCUCCCCGACAAGAUCCCACCCCCACAUGGGAUUCGCCCCCCCAUACCACACACACCUACCAGGACAGCCCUCUCCGCGCGGCCUGUCCCCCUGUCCGGCGGUCACCACCGUGAUGCACAACCCCGUCUACACCGCCUGGAGCCACUGGGUCAAUACCAACACCUGUCCCCCUGCACCACACUCACGCAGCAGUCCUCAGCACCAGGGCCGCUUGAGUUUGGAUCUGAGCCACAAGCGCUCCGGCGAGCUCACGGACGGCAGCCGGCGCACACCGCACAGCACCAACUCCCUGCCCUCCAGCGCCAGACACGGUGGGGCUAGCAGCUGUCAGUAUCGCGCUGAGCGAAUCAAGAUCCCCUCCACGCCCAGAUACACACGCCCCACUCCUGGCUCCGCCCAGGGCUCAGACAGAGGUUCCCUGUCCCACUCAGACUGCAGCACCACGAGCCUCAUCACACCUCCCCUCUCCCCCCUCAAUCUGGAGACCACCUCUUUCAUCAGCAGCCAAUCGCAAGGGUCCAUCUCCUCACACGCCCGCCUCUCUGUCAGCCCUGCACCAAUGGGAGACCGGAGGAAAGACAGACAUCUCUUGUGUAACAAAUCCUUUCCGAGACUGCCGCGGCCCCUCCGGCCAAGGUUUGCCUCUCUCAGGAACUUAAGACCGUAUUUGGAGGAGCCACGCACUGUGACGAUACACAAAGGGGCGGAGCCACUGGGCAUCUCCAUCGUGGGCGGGGAGAAUGGCGGCAUCUUCGUCUCCAAGGUGACCGGAGGCAGCAUCGCCCACCAAUACCAGCUGGAGUUUGGGGACCAGCUGCUGGAGUUUAACGGUAUAAACCUGCGUAACGCCACUGAGCAGCAGGCUCGUCUGAUCAUCGGCCAGCAGUGUGACACGGUGACCAUCCUGGCCCAGUACAACCCCCACAUGUACCAGCUGGGGAACCACUCACGCUCCAGUUCAAGGAUUGAACCAAUCAGCGGGCACGGUUUGCCACACGGCAGUGGAAACAUGGCCCCUGACGACCACUCAAACAUCGACACGCUCAGCGAGCAGGACGAAGGCACGAUGACACCGCCCUCCAAACAAACCACUCCCACCACCAGCCCGCGUGGAUCUGUCAGGCGUGCGUUGCCAGAGCCUCGUGUGGUGACGGUGCGCAGGGUGCAGGGGGAGCUGGGGGUGGCCCUCUGCGGGGGGAACCUGCACGGCAUCUAUGUGGAGCGCCUGGAGGAGGACAGUCCAGCCAGGGGGCCAGACGGACUGGUGCCUGGAGACCUCAUCUUGGAAUACAGCGCGGUGAGUCUCCAGGGUCGCACGGCAGAGGAGGCCUACCUGGAGAUGCUGAAGCCCCUGGAGACGGUCAGCCUGAGGGUGCAGCUCCGCCUGGAGGAGUUCAACAUGCUCAAGGGCAGCCCUGGAGACGGGUUCUACAUCAGAGCACUUUAUGACCGCAUGGCGGAGGUGGACGAGGACCUGAGCUUCAAGAAGGACGACAUCCUGUAUGUGGACGACACGCUGCCCAAGGGCAACUUUGGCUUCUGGAUGGCCUGGCAGCUCGACGAGAACGCACAGAAACUCGCCAGAGGACAGAUCCCCAGCAAAUACAUGCUGGAGCAGGAGUUCCAACGCCGCCUGAGCGUUCCGGACGGGAAGGAGGAGGUGUGCUCCAGUCGGAGUCUCUCGGCGGCCGCGCGACGCUCCUUCUUCCGCCGCAAGAACCGGCACAAGCGCAGCACGUCCCGCGAGGGCAAGGACACGCCCGCCCCCGACGCCAUCAGCACAGACUCCAUACCGUACAUGGAAGACUGCGUGGGCCUGGCCUACCAGCGGGUCCAGAAGGUGGAGUGCAUGUCCCCGCGGCCCGUGCUGAUACUGGGCCCCCUGGUGGAGGCCACCAAGGACAUGCUCGUCAAGCAGGCCGACCACAAGUUCUGCAGAUGCCCGCUGGAGGUGAUGAAGGCCUCCCAGCAGGCUAUUGAGCGGGGUGUGAAGGACUGCGUCUUCAUCGACUACAAACGCAGGAGCGGCCAUUUUGACGUCACCACUGUGGCCUCCAUCAAAGAGGUCACCGAGAAACAGGACUGCCACUGUCUGCUGGACAUCGCUCCCUAUGCCAUCGAGCGGCUGCACAGCGUACACAUCUACCCCAUCGUCAUAUUCAUACGCUACAAGAAUGCCAAGCAGAUCAAGGAACAGAAGGACCCUGUGUAUCUGCGGGACAAAGUCUCUCAAAAACAUUCCAAGGAGCAGUUUGAAGUUGCACAGAAGACGGAGCAGGAGUACAGCAAAUACUUCACAGGGGUGGUCCAGGCCGGGACGCUGGGUUACAUUUGCACACAGAUCGAAACCAUCGUGGACCAGGAGCAGAGCAAAGUCCUCUGGAUCCCCGACUGAUCAUCGCCCCAUUAUACAACAAUCACAACCAUCAUCAUCAUCACAGCCAUCGUGGACCGGACAAACACUGAUGAAUCACUAAUGCAAUGACAACAACAGAAAAGAAACACAUCCAAUUCAUGUUCAAAAACAUGUCUCUGAACACUAGAAAAUGUGGAGAACACUAAAUACCUUAACGAUGUGAAGAGGUACAAACGGACUAAAACUAUGCGUGUUGUUUUUAACGACGUAAACAAGAUGCUUUCGCAUUUAUAUCGCCACGGCCACUCGCCACUACAGAUACCUUUCUAUUUUAUUUUCAGUCGACAAUGGUAACACUUUCAUUUCAGACAAAACAAACAAAACACUUGUUUACAAUCAACAACAAUUGUGUUCUACGUACUUUUGUCUUGCGUACUUGAAUGUGUUCUUUUUCUUUUCUUUCUUUCUUUUUUUUUACCUCAUCUCUUCUUAAACCCAGCCCUCUCCUUCUCCCCUCUGUGUCGCUGUGCUAAUCCAAUACAGGGGUGCAUUUCUCGAAAGCGUAGUUGCUAACUACAAUAGCUACUUUGUUGGUUGCAAUGCAAUUUCCCAUUGGCAACUAUCCAAGUUGCUAACUGCUAACAACUAUGCUUUUGAGAAACGCACCCCAGAUCUGUGGAGGGUACUCCAGACAACAGACUAUGUCAACUCAUAGCAAGUGGUAAAACUACUAAUAGGAGACCCUUUUGAGUUUUUUUCAAGAAGCAAAAACAGAUGAGACUGCUCUAUUAGCAGAGUUACCUUUGACUCUGUUAUAACUCGAUUAGGUCAGCCACUUAACCCCCUAUUUGGAAGUGCUGUAAAGAGAGUUCAGCCCGUUAUUUACUUGCCACUAAGGAGAAAAUGAGUAGCCAUCACGAUUGUCACCACACUGUAAAAAAUUUCAAGUCUUUUCAACUGGCAAAUGAGCAUCCACCUGCAAACAUAACAUUACAUGUUAACUGAACUUGAGGUGUGGUUUAAUCAGAAGCGUUAAAACAAAGAUUAAGCUUCAACUUCAGUCAACAUGUAUUUUUAAGUUUUCGGGUUUCGUUUGCACGUUUAUCCAACCUGAAACGUAUUAUAUUGUAAUGUGUAACACUAUUGGAAUGCAGUCUGUUGUUUGUUUAUUGUAUCAUUUCUAGUCCGAAGGAGACCCUCCCCAGAUUUUGUUUUGUUCUGUUUUGUUUCCCCCUCAUCUUUUGAUCUUCUCUUUGAAGUCUCUAUUUAAAGGACAAAAAGUACUGGUGCAAUUUUUGAUGGUAUGGUCAUUUACUAUUUCCCUCCUCGUUAAUUUCCAAUUAACUUUUUUAUAUUGUUAUUAUUAUUGUUAUUAUUAUUAUUAUUAUUGCUAUUACUGUUGUUAUUUAAUAAUGGUUGUUUUGUAGCUCUGAAGCAAGAUGCAGAUAUGUUACUAAAGGAUGAAUCCAGUGCUUUUGUCUUACAACCAGCAUUCUCUCCCUUAGUAUAACAUUGUGCCAAAUCCUACAAGUCUCCCUUUUUGUUUGGGCUCCGUUUUGCACUUGAAUCUUUCCCUUCUAGCAUUUACGCUCUGAAAUAUAUUUUUGUUAUCAUAUUGCUGUUUUAUUUUAGGUACGUUAACUAGUUAAUCCUGUACAAAAAAACUACAAAUGCGAGUGUGCAUGUGAGUGUGCAAACAUGUAAGUGAGCGUGCACAUAGUGUGUGUGUGAGUGUGUGUGUACGUGUGUAUGCAUGUGUCGAUAUAUAGGUGCGUGUGUGUGUGCGCGUGCGUGUGUGUGUGCGUGUUGUCAGUGUGUUUCCCCGUGUCCUGUCCCUAACAUUUCACUAAUGACCUGAUCUGUGCACACAGCAGGACUUUGCUCUCCUACGCUAAAAUCAUGAAGUGAAAAAAAGGGAUGUUCUCUUGCACAUUACAUUUUUUUAUUAAGAAAAUGCUAUCCUGUGGUUGGACCAUCGAUUCACUACGAAAACCAUUUGAAAUCAUUAUUACGAUGAUGUCAAAAAAAAUAAAGAACUUUUCUGGAUUUGCCCAGUGAGGGGUUACUGUAAGAGAAACAUUUCUCACACAAUUGAAGACACCAAAUGUUAUAAGCAUAUGUGCUCAAAUUGGGAUUCACUUCUCAAUGAAUAGACAUGACCUCUAUCUAAUGUUAAAUUAAUAAAUACAACUUCAAAUUGUA